AGAGCAAGCCUGUCCCUGCUGGCUGUAGUGUGAGCGGCCUUGUUCCUCUGUCCCGACACUGCAGGAGGGCCUGGGAGCGGUGAGCGGGGUGCUGCUGGGAACUGCUGGUGCUGUGAGUAGCUGGCGGUGCUGGGGCAGCGGUGGGAAGCAUUCCAGUGUGAGCAGCCAGGUUUGAUGCUCCCUGCUGAAAGCAGCCGGAACAGAGAGCGGCGGCUCUUCCUGUGUUACAAGCUGUAACCCUUCCCUGCCUGGUGUGCCCAAACAGCACGGGCUGUGCUGUUCCACUGAGCUCUUUGCACGCAAGCGCUGCCCCUGUGGGAGCUGCACGUCCCUGUCACGCUCCCUGGGUCCGUCUCUCUUGCGCAGUGCUUGCCACAAACGGGACGUGGCCGCUGAGGCUUCCGGCUUCUGUGCACGGCCCAGAGGACAGGCCCUGUGCUCCCAGCAUGGCCACGCAGAUGUUUGAGGGCACGCAGCACGCGGCCGUCUACCUGAAGUACCGCUUUGCCCCCGGCAAGGAGCUGAAGGACAUCAUCCUCGCCUACCUGCAGGAGAAGGCUCCCAGCUGCACCCAGCUGGCUGUGGAUGUGGGCUGCGGAUCGGGGCAAGGCACGGCCUUCCUGGCAGACCGCUUUGCAAAGGUGGUGGGCACCGACAUCAGCCAGGCGCAGAUCCAGGAGGCCAAGGCUGCCCCCUCUCCUCCCAACAUCUCCUACCUGGUGUGCCCAGCGGAGGAGCUGCCCUUUGAGGAUGGCUCGGUUGAUCUCCUGGCCUCGUUCACGGCCGCGCACUGGUUUGAUAUUGGGAAGUUCAUGAACGAGGUGAAGCGUGUGCUGCGGCCGGGCGGCUGCGUGGCCAUCAGCACCUACACCAUUGACAUGAGCCUGCACUACAGGGACUGCUCUGAAAAGCUGACCCAAAUCUUCCGGGAGGCCUGGGACCAGCUCUUAAAAUACUCUCACAGUAGAAUAAAACAUGUCCUGGAAGACUACAAGGAGAUCUUUGAGGCUUUGCCAUUUCCAGACAAGAAGAGGAUCACCAACAUCUAUGAUAAAAUUCCCAUGACUGUUGCUGGGGUGGUCGGUUACUUAGAGUCUGCCUCCCCAUACCAAGUCUUCAUGAAGAACGACCCCGAGGCUGCAAAAACCCUCCUCCCAGGGAUGGAAAAGAGGCUGCUGGAGACGAUGGGAGCUCCCUCACGUGACACCCCGCUGGAGUUCUGGGUGAGGCACGUCUGCAUCCUGGGGCACAAGGAAGCGUGAGGCAAACCUCCUCCUGACCUGCUGCUGGGAGAAGCAGGACUUCUAACACCCUACUCUUCCUUGGGGAGAUCGGUGGCGAUUUCAGUGAUCAGAGCCUUAAUCUUUGUAAGCAGACAUGGGCUUAAUGCAGGGCCGUGUCUGUGCCAUGCUCCCAGUCUGCCCAGCACCCUCCUGUUGGAGGGACCAGGGUGGUUGUGAUUCGUGUCCCACGUCCAAUCCUGUAACAGCUGAAUUUCUUUAACAAUAAAAAAAGUUCCAAAGUGGA